UGAGUUAAUAGAAUUAUAAAUCGAAUAAAAAGAACACAUAUAUCCAUAUCAUGAAUCAGACCCACAAUUUCACGAAUCGUACAACAAUCCGUAUGACUUGAAGUUGCAAACCAAAGUAGUAGGAAAAAAUGUUAAUAAACAAAAAAAAAUCGAAAAUGAUUCUGAAAUUUGACAUAAAAAUCGAGUUGACCCUUCGUCAUUUUAUGACCUCACAAAAAUAAAUAACCAGACGUCAAAUCGUUCGGCCGUAGGAAAUUUUAUUACUAAAAAAAAAUAUAAAAUAAAAUGGACGAUUCGGAAAACGAAAAAAAGAAAACGUGGAAAGUUACUGUGGAGAAAAUGCGCGAAAGACUUAAGAACCACAUUGACGAAAACACAUUCGAAGGCAUAAGAGAGGAUAAGCUGUAUCACGGUCUAAAAUUAUCAACAUCUGUGACAAUGUUGGGAAAAUAUAUAGAAAUAUGUUACUGCAGUGAAUCACAGGAAUAUUUAGUACUGGAGCCACUGCAAGCAGUGUACAGGUAUUCGAUGCAAGGUAGACCAAUUCUGCCAUCUUAUACGCUGAGUAGCACAAUGGGCUUCACGAAGAUGAUCUGGUGCGACGUAGCAAGAUCGUUAGCCUGUUACUCGACGCACGAUGAUCUCCUCUGGAUCUUGACAGGAACCUUCGUGCUGUAUCAAAUAGUGAGAAACGAAUUUCGUAUUGAGAAUUUGGCAUACGAGCCACUUACGAACGACCUAAUUGUCAUUGGAGAGACUAAAGUCACGAGAUAUAAUUUGGAUCACAAAGAGCAGACUCUCAAUUCGUGGAAAACAAUGUGUUACGUUGACAGCGAACUUGGUCCAUUAUGGAAGAUCACAUGUUCAUCUUUGAUUCCGCAAAAUACAUCACUGUUAAGAAUGGCAGCUUCGUAUAUGACAACUCUGUAUGUCUGUCCGUUGGAAUCUGGUAAAGAUAAAGAAGACGGAGCGCCGGCCGCUUUUCUUGAAAGACGCAGUAACGCAACGGAUGCCACGAUUACCGGAUUGCUCUUUCACGUAACGUGUCAUUGGAUCAUAACGGGGGACCAGGCUGGGAACGUUACUGGCUGGAAUCUCAAAUUAGAAUGCAUGAUGUACUGCGAGGCUGCACACCGUGGGCAGGUGCGUGAAAUUGCGGCGCAUCCUUCGAUAUGCGGCUUCGUAACGUAUGCGGACGACGACGUCUUUCAAGUCUGGAGUUGCAACUUCCGAGACAAGAUGGAAACGUUCACGAGUUUUGGAGAAAUACGUGGAAUUGCCCUUAACGAAUCUGCAGCUGCAAUUGCCACUCUUGGUUCAAAAUUGAAUUGCUUUAGUAUGCAUCAGCUAUACAUCUUCUAUGCGCCGCUGACUCAUUUCGCGACUAUUCUGCAUUCAACAACCCAUCCAAUGCUUCCAAAGAGAAUAGUUGCGUGCAGCUAUGAUAACAUUAUCCGAAUAUUAUCGUCGCCUGCCGGAAAACAAAUUAACGUGCAAAUUUUGCCAAAGACACUCGAUGUUAUUUCUACGGCCUACAGCUACACCACGGAGAGGCUUUACACCAUCAUUUUGAAAACUGGUGAAAUUCUCGUCAGUAGCUCCAAAACGUAUCCAAUGACAUUCAGAUACGUAUGGAUAGAUAGCGGUCCAGCAAUCAGUUGCAUUGUUGCUUACGAGCAUUACGAAGAAAUUCGUGACUUUGAUUUGAAACCUCAAAAACCACGUGUGAUCCACGAUAUUUGCACAAUAAUUAUUGUUGGCAGAGUCGAUGGCUCUUUGGUGGUAAUUGAUAACACUGGAAAGCACGAUAGCACAUAUAGAGCUCAUAAUGGUCCGGUAAUACAAUUAUGGUCGUCUGUGUCAUCACGACAUAUCAUAUCAGUAGGUAGUGACAGAUGUGUCAAAAUAUGGCACGUGUUCCCUGACAUUUCACAACCAUUGGCAGUGGCGUCCAGUGUAUAUUAUACAAUACCAAUUACAAACGUGGUAUCGAUGGGAAAUAUUGUAUGCAUGGUAAGCAGCACUGUCAGACUUAAAACACACCAGCUAUUGAUGUAUGAUUUAACGGAAAGAAUCAGAUUGGAGCAUCAUUCGUUGAAGGAUCACACGAAAUUGAUAAUGGCUAUUUCCUCAUUGGAUUCGCUACAGAUAUGUGCUACGUCGUCAAUGGACAAUUCCAUUAGAAUUUGGGAUAAUCAGAAUAAUCUUUUAAAAAUAUUGGAAAUAAAUACAAAGGCAUAUACUAUUACGUUCUCUUCACUUCGUGGUGAUAUAGUCUUUGGUGCUGCUCGUCAUCUUUACAAAAUUCCCUAUGAAAAUUAUCUCUCUCCAAAAUUUCGAGCGCGGAUAAUUAUUAACGAAAUUCCUGAAGAUCCUGAGGAGGAGGAACUGGAAGAAAAUAUAGAGUAUGUAAUUUAUGACAACGAGGUAAAUCGUGCAUUGGCUUUGCAUCCCGUGAGCAGCACACCAUUGGGAUCGUUAGAUGUUAGGAAGGGUGACGUGCCAAGGUUGGAUUUAAUGAUUCAAGAACAUAUGUGUGACCAAUUUCGACAUAGAGAUGAGGAUAUUAUAUUAAUAGCUCAAGGAUUAAUUAAAAGGAAUAAAUUAAUAUUGAAUAAGGCACAAAUGAAUAGGGCCGUGUGGGAUAAAUAUAUUUCUGACUUGCUGGAAACUUCCCAGACUUCCAGUAAGGAUGUGACGCCACACAAUAUUUGGGGAUUCAUGAAGAAACAGUCCAACGUUAAAAAGUAUCACUCAAAACCUGGAAUAUUUCGAAUGUUAUACGGUAGGCUGUUUACGUUGUACAGGAGUAUUGUUAACUUAUUGUUUUACUCAAAUAAUUAUAUAUUGUUGAUAGGUUAUAGCAUGGAAAGAUUUUCUGAAUAUCCAGAUCGUAUACCGGAUAAUGUGGAACAUUCGGAUAUACCUUUAUUCGGAUUUUUACCGAAUUCUAUAGUGUAUACAAACGUUCAAGAAAAAGUUGUGAAACCAACGAAAUCUGUUGAGAUUGUACAGAAGAAAAUAAAAUAUGAAUAUCCUCCAGAAUUUUUGGCAUCGCUCAUGAAAGAUAAAGAAUCAAAUGAAACUAUCGUUCCAUUAACACUUUCGCAGUUGGUAGAAUUUGGAGAAAAUCUUACAAGCAUGACUGUGAUAUAGAAGAUUAUAAGAUUCCAUAAAAGUAUUAUUUUA